GUAAAUCUUUUUUUUUUCUUCGAGAUAAUUAUACAUAUAUAUAUAUUUUUACUUCUACUACGCAUAUAUGUUAUCUACACUUGUUCGACUUCACAAAGCACCUGCCGUUCCCAAGUUUUUUCAAGAAGGACUUACGCUAGACCAUUUUAUAUUGCGUGGACAAGUUAUUUCUUUGUACAGAAGCAUUGUUCGCUGUACAAAGGGCAUGGACAAACGAGAUGCUAAGGAACUGAUCCAGUUUGCUCGAGCUGAUUUUGAGCGUCAUAGAAAAGAAACAAAUAUUGAUAAUAUUCGUUCAUUGAUAUCCGUAGGCAAAUAUCAAAUGCAUUCCUUACAAAGCUCAGUGUCAUUAGCGCAUACAGGACGCCAUUAAAGAUUUAUUUAAUAAACCACAAUAGACCAACCACAUUGAAUGACAGACACAUUGGGAUUCUUGAUUGUGAUUGUUUGACCAUCGAACGUAUAGUCUGCUUCAACAGAUGUACCUUGUUGAACAACCUUGACACCGGCAGGUUUCUUGGAGCCCAAGAUAUGGAUACGCUCCACACG